GGGUCGCGGGGUGUCCCUCCAGGUGGCCGUGACGUCACGUGAGCCGGAGGUAGAAAAAACAAGGAUUUGUGGGAGAGAAGCUCAUUUCUGCCGCUGACAGAGUCCGAGAGAAGGCUGCUGCUGUUUGGAUAUCCACUUUUCUUCAACCAUGGUUGCUUUCACCGCCUGCGGGGGAUAACUUUAUCAACACAUUUAAAAGGUCUUCAGUUAAUUUGUGGAAACACUCAAUUGGAUUUGGUGGUCGUCAUGGGGAACCAGCUGACGGACAUGGCUCCCAACACGCCGUUCCUGCCGGCCUUCCAGAGCCUCCACGUGGUGGUGCUGGGUCUGGACUCAUCUGGAAAAACCUCCCUGCUGUACCGGCUCAAGCUGAAGGAGUUUGUGAAAACCAUCCCCACCAAGGGCUUCAACACGGAGAAGAUCAAGGUCCCCGUGGGGGCGUCCCGCUCCAUAAACUUCCAGGUGUGGGACGUGGGCGGACAGGAGAAGCUGCGCCCGCUGUGGAAGUCUUACACGCGGCGGACCGACGGGAUCGUGUUUGUGGUGGACUCCACGGAACUGGAGCGCAUGGUGGAGGCCAGGGUGGAGCUGCACAAGAUCACCCGCACCUCGGAGAACCAGGGCGUCCCGGUGCUGAUCCUGGCCAACAAGCAGGACCUGGACUCGGCGAUGUCCGCCGGCGAGGUGGAGAAGCUGCUGUCCGUCCAGGAGCUCAGCAUGUUCACGCAGCACCACGUGCAGAGCUGCAGCGCCGUGGACGGUCAGGGACUGCAGGCCGGCUUGGAGAGACUUUACGAGAUGAUCCUAAAGAGGAAGAAGACGGUGAAGCACAACAAGAGCCGGAAAAGAUGAAGCUUAUCUCGCUCUGUGGACUCCACCUGAACAGGAUUGUUGGGACACUUUUGUUGCUUGAAGAAGAAGGAGAGCAAUCUGUGCCAACAAAACAGAAAGGAAAGGAUUUACUCCUAAUACUGAAGCAGUAUUAUUAAUUGGCAGCUAUGCAGCUGCUCCUUCACAGAUUUAAAGGAACCUGGAAAAGGUGCUUUUCUACAGACGUUUAAAAUAUGUUUAUCACUCUGCUAACUUGCACACGUUUGGCCUCCAAACGGCUGUUUUUCAACAGUAUUCCUUCAAAUAUUUUAAGUGUUUUUUUAAUUAUUUUUUCCCUCCUCUGGCGGUGACACAAUAUAUUUAGUCUUAAUUUCUACAGGAAGCACAGAUGUUUCACUUGUAUAGUGUUUAUGCAAAUUGUACAGUCUGAAUAAAUGGAAGCACUGUGGAGAAAUCUCA